AUGUCCCCCCGCCUGAAUAUCACUGGGCUUCGGAAUGGCAAGGCAUAUUCGUCGACAGAGGCUGUCAAAGGCGUGGUGCAUCUGAAGGCUGGAAGUGGAGCGCCUGUGGACUUUCAGGUCACAGCAACUCUGGAAGGGGUGAUACGAACAUCUCUUAUUGAGAAAGGGCCUGCGUUCAUUCUAGGGAAUGACAUGCCGCUAGUAGCAAGUGAGAAUCAUCAGCUCUUCAGGACUUCAAAGGUCGUUUUCCCCGACCAAAAUUCGCCUUCGAGUACUUUUCAGUAUACCCCGUUUAAUGGUGAAUAUGCCAUUCCUUUCGAGAUAAACUUUCCACUACAGACUCAGUGCGCUAAACAUCCGGACGAGCCUGCGCACAAGGGGGUUACGCUGCCCUCAUCCUUCGAAGCGCGCGCGACGAUGUUUGGGGCGGCUGCCAGAGUCCAAUAUACCGUCAGAAUAGAUGUCAAGGGCCGUGAAGGGGAUGCCUCAUUCAAGCGAGUGGUCAUGAUAUCGGCUGCUGCACCACCUCUGUACCUGGCUCUGAUGUCCAACAGAGCAUUGCGUACAACUAGUACAGUGAAGCUGCCUCAUUUGCACCUCCAAUAUACCCCCCCAACCCUGUCACUCGAAGCAAGACUUCCUUCUCCGAUUCUCAGAAUAGGACAACGCCUUCCAUUGCGGAUGUUUGUGCGAGGCCCCCUCGUGGAAGGCCAGGCCUUGUUUCCAUCAAAACUAUCGAGUCUGAGAAUCAGCCUUGAGAGUACGACGAAUAUUAGGGCUGAAGCUAGGCACAAGUCAUGGACAACCUCAACGGAUCUCCUAAAUCUGAAAACCCUCAACGAGCCUGUCACUUGCCUUGCCGGGCUUGAUGUGCUGCCCGAUAUAAAUAGGACCAUUUUUCAUCGCGUAUCCAUUCCAGAUGUUGCGCCGAGUUUCGCAUCGUGUACUGUUGAACAUACGUACUCACUCGCAGUCGAUGCCAGAUUUUCGUUUUGCAAAGCCAGAAAAGUACAGUCGACAAAGCUUGUACUCAAAGUUGAAAUUUGGCCUGCGAACCGCACUGUGCAGAGCCCUUCAGCAGUACCAUCCAGAAAUUGCAGCUCGCCACAAGACAGAAUUCCGACGGGGGAGCUGCCUCUUCAGGGGUGCACACAAGUGGAGGCUUAUGAUAGUGAGCCUCCGCCGUACUCGUAG